UCAGUCCUUUGGCUUACGCACCGCCGCCGUACCCGGCAGAUCCACCCCCUCCUGGGCCAGGCAAGGUGACCCAUGGCAAUGCACAGGCCAGAUGUGUCCAGCUUCAACAUGACCCGCCUGUCCCUGGCUGUGGCCUUCUCCUUUCCCCCAGGGGCUAAUGAACAACCCCGCUGUCAUCCGGGCAACACCCAGCAACAGAGAGAGUUAGGAAAGGAAUGUGCUGCCACGGGCGCCAUGCACUACCCAUACCCAGCACUGACCCCGGAGCAGAAGAAGGAGCUGGCUGACAUCGCUCGUAGAAUUGUGGCUCCGGGCAAGGGCAUCCUGGCUGCAGAUGAGUCCACCGCAAGCAUUGCCAAGCGGCUGCAGUCCAUUGGCGCUGAGAACACGGAAGAGAAUCGGCGCUUCUACCGCCAGCUGCUGCUGACUGCCGACGACCGUGUGAAUUCCUGCAUUGGGGGGGUGAUCCUCUUCCACGAGACACUGUACCAGAAGACGGAUGAUGGAUGUCCCUUCCCCCAAGUUAUCAAGUCCAAAGGCGGUGUUGUGGGCAUUAAGGUAGAUAAAGGCGUGGUACCCCUGGCGGGAACCAAUGGCGAGACCACCACCCAAGGGCUGGAUGGGCUGGCUGAACGCUGUGCCCAGUAUAAGAAGGAUGGAGCUGACUUUGCUAAGUGGCGUUGUGUGCUAAAGAUUGGGGAACAUACUCCCUCAGCCCUUGCUAUCAUGGAAAAUGCCAAUGUUCUGGCCCGUUAUGCCAGCAUCUGCCAGCAGAAUGGCAUUGUACCCAUUGUGGAGCCUGAAAUCCUUCCUGAUGGGGACCAUGACUUAAAGCGCUGUCAGUAUGUAACUGAGAAGGUACUGGCUGCUGUCUACAAGGCUCUGAGUGACCACCAUAUCUAUCUGGAAGGCACAUUGCUGAAGCCCAACAUGGUCACCCCAGGCCAGGCCUGUACCCAGAAAUGUUCCAAUGAGGAGAUUGCCAUGGCAACUGUCACAGCGCUGCGCCGCACAGUGCCCCCUGCUGUUCCUGGGGUCACUUUCCUGUCUGGAGGGCAGAGUGAGGAAGAGGCGUCCAUCAACCUCAAUGCUAUCAACAAGUGCCCACUGGUGAAGCCAUGGGCCUUGACUUUCUCUUAUGGUCGAGCCCUGCAGGCCUCUGCUCUGAAGGCCUGGGGUGGGAAAAAGGAGAACCUGAAGGCUGCCCAGGAGGAAUACAUCAAACGAGCCCAGGCCAACAGCCUUGCUUGUCAAGGAAAGUAUACCCCAAGUGGUCAGUCUGGAUCCGCAGCCAGUGAAUCUCUCUUCGUCUCUAACCAUGCCUACUAAGCAGAGGUGACCUAAGGCUGCCCCAUCCACACUCCAGCCCUCUGCCUACCCACUUGCUAUUGAAGAGGGAGCCUUCAGGCUCUUUUCCAACACUCUUAUGCUGCCCUCAUGACUGGUGUGUGGUGUUGUCUGUGAAUGCUAAUUCUGCCAUCCCUUCCAGCCCACUGCCAAUAAACAACUAUUUAAAGGGGGGAAAAAUGAGAGAAGACAUUCCAAAAUAAACACAAACUAACACAAUCCAUGACCAGUAAGCAAAAAAUACUAACAUAUGAUACACAGGGGAAGAAGAAAGGUAGUCCCAAACAUGAGAGAAUAAAAAAGAAUAGAUAUUAUAAGAGAAACACAUGACCAAAAAGAACUAGGAAAGAAUAAAUCAUGACCAAUUCAGUAACCAAGUAAAUGGUUAUAAAAUUAGGGCAGGGCAAAAAGAACAAGCUCAGAGGACACCAUGCACACAAACUUACCAGAAGCAAACCCCUCUCAAUUAAUAAUCCUAAAUGUAAACUGUCUUAACUCAGCAAUUAAAAAGCACAGACUACCUGAUUGGAGUAAAAAAGAAAAAAAAAAAACAUCUUUUUGCUGUCUACAAGAAGCACAUCUCACUGGCACAGCGUAAGAACGAAAGGAUGGAAGUCAAUAUGCCAAGCUUCGGAGGAGAGCGCCAAAUCACGUGUGGGGCAAUCAGAGGGCAACUUGCUCAAGGUUAUUCCCUCCUUCCACCGUGUCUGUCUGGCUACAGCUGAGUCCCAGGUCAGCUAUCAGCAUCAGAGAUCAACGGUAAGCUCCAGCAUGGCACCAGUACUGGGGGUGACCAGCCUGCAACCUGGUAUUAGUUGUCUACAAGGGAUCACUUUUGUCAUAGAAAGGACAACCCCUCUUCUUUACAAGAAUAGAUACUUGUUCUGAUCGUGGAUUUGCCUUUCCCACAUAUAAUUAUUCUGCCCAAACUACCACCCAUAGACUUAGAGAAUACCUACCCACCAUUGUGGUAUUAUUAUACACGGCAUUACUUCUGACCAAGGAACUUACUUCAUAGUCAAAGAAGGGCAACAGAGGGAAAAUAAUCAAGAAAUUCAUUGGUCUUCCAUGCUUGACAGAAAAGUGGAGAGACCUCUUCUGAAUAAGGAGAUGCAAUGGUGUAUCCAGUUGACAAAGGGUGGACUUUUGAUGGCUAAUCUUAGUUCUCUACUGGAUUGCAUCUGGAAUCAACUAAAACACAGCUAUGGGAUAUUCUGGGAGGAGCUUGAUUGACCCAGUUAUUUAAAGCAGGAAGACCUGCACUAAAAGAUGGCAGUCCCUUCCAAGCGGCAGCCCAGACAAGGACAUGGAAGAAGGAAUCUUGGUUUUGCCUGCUUGCCUUUACUCCUUUUGCCAAACUCAUCUGUCUUGUCACUGAGACAUUCCAUUGACAAUGUUAAAACCAGCUACUGCUGUCUUCCAAUGUCUACUGAAAACCAGGAGCUCUCCAGGAAUCUUCUAGGCCUUCAGCACUAGAUUGGGCCUGCUGAGACAUCCAGCUUUGUGAACUAAACAACUACUAGGUUCUUGACCUCCCCAGCAUGAAACAGGUAGUGUAGGACUAGCUGAACCAUACUGCAUGAGCCAAUCUAAUAAAUCCCUUUCUCAUACUUA